CAGGCCACCACUCACUCUGAUGAUCGUGAGAGGUUGAUGGUGCCCAGCCAGACUCGUAUUCUACCCGCCAGUAUGACUGUCAAUCUCCGACUGCUACCUGUGUUAGCUGGGCCCCUUGCGCUCAUGCUUCUUGCCGUGCCUGGUGCUGGUGGUAUGAUUCCCCCACUCUCUAUGAUUCAUAAUGUAGACAAUAUUCGGAUCAACGAGAUUGGUUCUAGAGAAGUUACAUCAGCAAGUCCAGAAGGAAGCACUGUCAGCUCAAGACAGCAUCGGUUCUACAGUCCCGAAAGAAUCAAAGAACGCAUUCUGGCAAAAUUACAACUUUCCGAAGAGCCACGAUUUCAUCAGCCCUUGGAAAAGUUACCAGAUAUUAUAAGAGAGGGAACGUCACAGGUGAUAUUACCGCAGCAACCUCCCUCUACCCAAGCUCCACCCACACCUGAAAAGUCAUCAAUCAUCCUUGCCUCGCAAAGAAUGCCCUGCCGCGGCCGAAGAGGCGUCCUCUGUCUUCACUUCACGCUGAGGGAUUCCAUGAUACAUGAUGUCACCACCAGCACGCUUUGGUUCUGGAAAACUAAGGACCAAAGACAGACUGAGAAUAUAUUUUACAUAAAUGAGGGGAACCCGCGAGGCAAUAGAACACUGCUGGCCAAGGCAUCUGUGACUGAGACAUUAGAUGGAUGGGUGAAGGUCGACAUUGGUGUUGCUAUGCAAAGAUGGAUGCGGAAGGAAUCUCAGGAAGUGAACCUAAAUGUAUGGUGCAGCACCUGCAGCCGCCAUGCCCUUACAUCGAAUAUCGCUGAUCGCACUCCUUUUAUUGUCAUUGCUGCAAUGGAGACAAAUAUCCACCAGCGACGAUCCAUAGAGCAGGAGUGUUCGGGACAAGAUGGGGAUCGCUGCUGCCGGCAGGCGAUAGACAUAAACAGCGCAGAGAUGGGCUGGGAUUAUUGGCUUAUUAGUCCAAGUAAUUUCACCUUUUAUUACUGCAACGGUUCUUGCCCCGCUUAUCCCCCUAUUGACGAAACCUUUGACGGCACGGAGUACAGCAAAAUCAAAACGAGACUCAUACAGGUUGGCAACCUUGACCCAAGAGACAAGCUGAAGCCCUGCUGUUCUCCUACUUCCUACAAGCAAAUGGACCUCCUGUUUUACUCGGGGACGAGGGAAAUUCGCCACAGAAGAGUAACCGACCUGCUAGUAAGCUCUUGUGGCUGCCGCGACUGAUCAAUUGUUUAGUGUUUACAAAGAUUUUGAUGUAAUAAGAAGUGAUUGAUUCCUUAAUCAGUAUUAGAAUGUUUGAAUUACCAAUUUCCUUAACUUUACAUAUUGAAAAUCAUCAAAAUUAUGGUUGCAAUCAACGAGUACUUCAGAUUCUACCUCUAGAAAGACAUUUGAAUGUAAUUCCUUAAUGAAUUAGAUUAGCCAUGAAUUGCAUUUAGUGAGCUGUGAUUGUUCCAUAUGCUCCGGUGCUUGAAUCUCACUUUAUCAUCAUGAUGACCGUCUGCAAAUCUCCACUUCUGUUAGAUUAAGUUAUUACUUUAUUAUUUAUUUUUCCCUUAAUUUUACGUAUUCUAAGGCUUGAUGAAAUCACUGUCAUUGUCAUUGCAAUUUGUCUGCCAUUGUCCAGUGUACUUGACGCAUCUCAGGCACUAACUUUAUAAUGGGUGGAAAAUGGAAUAAUUAGGUUAAGCAUCACUCGAUAUGGCAUAAGAUUCAUUACCAAGCGCAACAUUCACUCAUCCCACCACUCUCCACGCUUCUAUUGGCUAAAUUGGCUGCCUGCUUCCUAAAAUUAUUUUUUAUGAGAUUUUUUUCUCUUUUUGAUUAGCUACAUGACAUUACAAAUCAGUUUCAGUGAGAACUGCAGCUGACAAAUUUAUGAUUCUACGUACUACCACCACCACCACACACACACACACACACACACACACAGGAAGCUAAUGUGUUUGGAAAACAUGACAGCAACAGCUGGUGCAAGCAGACCACACAUCGUUCAAUUUUUGUAUAUAUUACCUUUUUUUUGUGUGUUCAUUGUGUGUUUUGUACAAUAUCUAUUAAAAUAAAAUUUCAUAUUGAUGUG